AUGGCUGCUGAGCAUGAUGAUGAUAUCGACAAAAUGUUGGAAGAAUAUGAAAUUGAACAUAAAAAUCAGUCACCGAUAACUGCUCUCAUACCACCAUUAACAACAACAACAUUGGAUAAAACCAAUAAUAAUAAUCGAUCUCCAGUUUCACAAUCAAAAGAUCGAAAAUAUCAGUCACCAUCCCCCGUUAAAGAACGCAAAUAUCUUUCACCGGAGCACGAAAAUGGUGAAGAAAAAGAUCGUUCAUCAAAAAAACAUCGCAAAGAGCACAAAGAACGCAAACAUUCACACCGUCAUAAAGAACGAAAGGAACAUAAAGAAUCGAAACGUCUUAGUCGAAGUCCAAAACGUAGUAAAAGUAGUCCAAAAGAAAAGAAAAUGAAACGUGAACGUGACGAUGAUAAAGAGCCGUUACGUCGCCGUCAUUCUCCAACAUCACCACCACCGCCAAAAGAGCGAAAAUAUCAUUCACCAUCACCACCUUCUAAAACAAAGCUGGAUACAUUAGGCAGCACUACACAUUCUAAAGCACGCGAUCUGAACAGUGAUUUGAAUUUAAUCAGUAAAUCAAAUAGUAAGAAUCUAAGACCUCAUUCACC